AUGUCCGGAGGAUGGAACCCCGUUGCUGGCCGUGAUCCUGUCGGGACACGUCCACCAGGUGCCCCCUACGGCGCGCCCUCUGCUAACCAGCCAUACAUCCCUUACACCGCAGGUCCUGGUGUCGGAUACUACACGGCCGCGUACCCUGGAUGGGCUGGCUACUCCCCAUUCUACGCCAACUUGGCUACUCAAGCGUACUACCCAUACGUGCACCAGCCCAAUGGAGCCGCCAACGUCUACGUGCGCACCCCUCAAGGCGAGCCUUCUGCCGACGGCGCCAUGCCUGCGGCGCAAAUGGGGAAUGUAUCCGGCGGUGCAGGUUGCGAGCCAGGCUACAACUACUUCUUCCCCUCUGAGCACACCAAGGUGCACGUGUUCCGCUGCAACACGCCGCCAUGGCAGCUCCCCGCCGGCGCGCAGAUUGAAUUCAAGGCGGCCCACAUUCCCGUCACCGUGACGCUGGGGGAGCUCCUCAAGGGGUUUGGCUGUGACAAUGCGAGCGCCAAGAAGAACCGCUGCUGGGAGAUUGUGGCAGGCGGGAACGGUACGUGGUACAAGGGGUUCGGCUUCGAUGCGGAUAACAAGGACAUGACGAAGAAGACGCUCAAGGAUGUUGGCUGGGAUAAGACGAGGACCGGUAUGCCGGGGGAUAAGCCGGUUGUUUGUUUGUGGUUUUGCAAGGAGUGA